CUCCUCUCUCUAUAACCAUGUCAGCUCCGGGAUAUCUACUGUUCGUGGUUUUGUUGUGCCUUGAUGUUUCAGAUACAGAAACUCAGCCCCCGACUACUGAAACGUCAUUCACCUCACUCACCCCUGACCCCCCUAUCCGCCUGCAGGACGGUGGGCAUCGCUGUUUGGGACGGGUGGAGCUAUACGAAGCCGGGCAGUGGCUGUCUCUGUGCCGGGAGUUUUGGCUGGAACUGUGGGGAGAUGUGUUGUGCCGGCAGCUGGCCUGCAGGCGGGACCGAGACAGACUGGAGGAGCUGCCCCUUCCACCGUCUCCCCAGCAACGCUGCCUGUGA